AUGGAGUACCUCAUUCGUUUCAGUCAAUCUCAUGAGACUUUUCGCGUAGCAGAGAUCCAGGCGCUCGCUAUCGUUGCUGGUUUCAAUAUGGAAAUUAUCCAUUAUGAUGCGGAGUCGCCUUUCUGUGUCGUCCGCCUUCCCUCGGAAGAAGCAGCCCGUACACUUAUAAAACGCUCCAUAAUCGCACAAUCCAUUCAUGAACACUGGGGCACAGGCGGCACGUUCGAUGAGCUGCACGCAGAAGUCAAGAAGAAGACCUCUGAACUAUGGCCAAAAUACAAGACGGCAAGCUUCAAAAUCUCCCUAGACAACUACCAGGGCACCAGACCGAACAAGCAGAGAGUUGCCCUAUUCAACUCCUUCUCCUACCUCCCAUUCUCAGGAGAGAUCAAGAUGAAAGAUCCAGAUGAAGAGUUCACUAUUUUCGAGCAAUGGGAUUUCAAGGCAGUCGAACGCAACCUGCCUGCUCCGCUAAAAGUGCAUUUUGGACGAUACAUUGCUCCGUCCGGGAGAGAUUUGUGCCUAAAGUUUGAUCUCAAGAAACGUGGGUAUAUUUCGACAACGUCUAUGGACAGUGAGUUAGCCCUCAUAACGGCAAAUAUCGCUCUUGCCGCCCCAGGAAAACUCUUCUACGACCCAUUCGUGGGCACUGGUAGCUUCCCUAUUGCUUGUGCCCAAUGGGGCGCCCUGGCAUUCGGCAGUGAUAUUGAUGGAAGGAGCAUAAGAGGCGAGGGAAAGAAGAAGAGCUUGAAAGGGAACUUUGAGCAGUACGGCCUGCAGCAAAUGCUAGGUGAUAUGUUCGUGUGCGACUUAACAAACAGUCCCGUGCGGCGGAGACGUAUACUCGAUGGCAUUUUGUGUGAUCCUCCGUACGGCGUCAGAGAGGGGUUAAAGGUGCUGGGUUGCAGAGACCCGGAGAAAGAGCCCUGGGUUGUGGAAAAGGGGAAACUCAUCUACAAAGAGCCUGACUUCAUUCCACCGAAGAAACCAUACAGCUUCCUCGCCAUGUUGGAUGACAUAUUGCAAUUUGCAACGGACACUCUGGUCGACAAUGGCCGACUUUCUUUUUGGAUGCCCACAGCCAAUGAUGAACAGCAAGAGAUGGGCGUGCCGACGCAUCCCUGCAUGGAGAAUGUAGUCGUCUGCACUCAAGUUUUCAACAAGUGGACGCGGAGACUUAUUACCUACCGCCGGCUGCCAGACUCAGAAGUGGAUUCUGAAGCCCUGGCACAGAAACGAUCCCAUGUUCCGACCAACGGCGUUACCGCCGAUGAGCUGAACCCAUUUCGCCGCCAUUACUUUAAUGGUUUCCGAGCCCAGGCUGCUGUUGACUCUGCGAUUGAGGCCGCUCCCAAAUAA